UAUUCGACUCAAAACUUUUGAGCAAGUAUGACCAAAAACGUUCUUCUCGUUAGGUUCUUACUUUUCUUGAUACACGUUAAUCAUUUGGUGGCUCAUUUCCAUUCUUAUGCCCAAAUAAAAAUUGACGGAGGUUUGACCAUACAAUGCAUGGACAUGGGUAUCGGAAAUGAAGCUUUAUGUGCAAUGAAGUGCAUGUGGAGUGACUGUCCGGGAUUUCAAAUAAUAAAUCAAUCUUGUUAUUUAUUGGAGGGGAAUCAGAUUUUACCUGUGGCCACCAGAUCCAAUGGAACGAGUGUUUUUAUACGGGAGAAAUUUAUUCAACAAGUUGAAAGUGCCAUACUUUACGGAGCUGAUGGCUUUCACGAAUUCAUCCCGAGUGAUUCUCCACUCCAAGGUAUGCGAAUGAUUUUGCCUGACGCACCUAUGGGUCGUGGUAUUUCAUUAAUGGAUUUUUCGUGGGGUUUUCAUUUGUGCCAUAACAUAUUGAAAUCUUGCUACCGAUGGUAUUUUGGAACGGACAAGUGGAUCCCAAUGCCCUCGAUGAACCAUCCGCACGCCGAAAUUCGUGAUAUGAUCAAACUAGAUCGCACUUGGUGGAUCUUGGGUGGAUUCAAUGCAGUCCAACAAAUUGGUUCAGUCAAUUACCCUCAUCAGAUUUCCGAGUACAUGAGCGAGUCCGGCCGGUGGUUCACAGGGUCCAACUAUUUAGGACGCUAUCAUGAAGGCCUCGCAAAAGUCUCAAACAGGACUGUCCUGGCUGUGGGUGGUUCCCUGACUUCUGCCCGACUUGUGUCAGCCGUGAGAGACGUCAACGAGUUUAAUGUGUUGACUGGAGAUGUAUCCGAUAUUGGUCUGACCGCUUGUCCCAUUUUCGGGAUCACGUGCACUGAUCUGACGGCUCAAAAUGGAACCAGAAUGAUCCUUUGCUUGGGUGGGUAUUGCCCUGGACCUAGUCCGGAAUAUCAGUCAAAGGUCUACGUGCUGAACUUAGAAACCAGGGACUGGAAGGAGAUGCCACAAUGGGAGUUUCCAGAGACGAUUCGUUUCGCGACUAUAUUUUGGCUCCGAGGAGUUUUGUUUGUGAUUAGAGCUCUGUAUGAGGAAAGCGAGACCUAUACCGUUUACAAAUUUGACGAGACAUUGGAACCUGUUUGGAGCCUCGUGGAAUUAUCGCCCGAUCAUCCCAAUGAAUUUACACGUGUCGUUAAGUUCAAUCGUUCUGUGAUUAUUGUAGGAAACUAAGCUUCUGGAUAUCCUUGAUACGUAUUCGGUGAAACCUACAUCCUCUUAUCAUUGCAUUGUUGCCGAUAUACAAUUCCAAGAAAAUAGAUUCAAAAUAGGGGCUUCGA